UACCGAACCCCGUGGCUGAAUCAAUUUGAGUGAGAGAGAGUUGAAAGGAUUAUUCAGAGAAAUUGCAAUCGAUUGUGAGAUUGUUGGGUCUCAAAUGGAGGGAUCGCACCUGAAAUUCUCCCCUGAAAGACUAGGGCUUCUGGAGAAAAUUGAGAAAAUAUAUAGAAGCAAGAAAAUGGAGUGAAAGAGAGUGAAAACUCAUGGAAAGUUGAGUUUUAAUCCAAUUACACUCCCUGCAACAUUUUCGUGGGUUUGGGUGAAAGAGAAAGAGAGCAUGUGAUUGAAUCAGUGUAUGUGGUUGUUCUCGAUGAGGUAGGAGGCAGGUAUCUGUGAGGAGAAGAGUGCGGAAUAAGUGGCACCAGGAAGAGGGAAGAUAAGUAUGAAUGCAACAGAAGGCACUUCCCUGAAUCAAUUCAUACGGCUAGGUCAGAAGAGAAACCGUGCACCACAUCUAUUCUUCUCAUACAUGAAAAAUCAAACGUCCACAACACCCCUUCCGGGUACAGUGGUCAACACAAGUGAAAUUCCCGGCGUGGAAAGUGAUGUCUUCGAUGUGGAACUCCUCGAAGUGACCCAAGAAACCACAAAUACCAUCCUUCUGGGCAAAGACAAAGUCACCAGGUUCUACAUAUGCAUCUCAAUUGCCCUUGGGAUUUCCAUUCUUGUUGCAAUUGUCGGAAUAGUGGGCUUUUUCUUCUACAAGAGGCGAACCUUUCAGGAGAUUGAACUACAGACAAGGAAAGAAUCGAGGAGAAGGUCACGAGAGAAGAGCACGGAAACGAGUCCUUUAGCACACUGAUUAGUGAAAAAUUCUUUGAAUUUAGGGAAAAUACUGCAAAAACAAUGCAAAUACAAUAAACAUAACCUAAAAAAAAACAAUGCUUACGCUUUGCCGGUGUGCUCGUGCCUAAAGCACUGGUAUUUCCAAAGAAAGACAUUUUCUGAGGAUAGCACAAUCACUGAUAA